AUGCAUACUAGUGAGAAGAACGGAAUCCUGACCUUACGAAGUGUUACAAUUGCGGUGACCUCGUUCUCCUUGGGCAGCAAGUGCAAUGUCAGCCCGCGGUUGCCCAACAGUGAAGCCUCGGAACAUGAUUCUCGAGAUUCCCAUGUGAAUACUGCGAGAUCAGGAUUCGUUGGAUUCAUGGACAGUUUUUCUCCUUCGGGAAAUACCAGCGAGCUGCAUCGGUGGCUUGAUGUCUAG